AUGCAACUGAACAACAGUGGAACUGAGUUUAUACUAUUGGGCUUGACACAGGAUCCUAUGAAGCAAAAAUUUGUGUUCUUAGUCUUCUCAAUUUUCUAUGUGGCAACAAUGGUGGGGAACAUCCUCAUUAUCGUGACCAUCAAAUGCAGCCGGACACUAGGAAGCCCCAUGUACUUCUUCCUAUUUUAUUUGUCCCUUGCCGAUUCUUGCUUCUCAACUUCUAUUACCCCUAGAUUAAUCAUGGAUGCUAUCUCUUCCAAGAAAACUAUAUCCUACAAGGAAUGCAUGACACAAGUCUUUGCACUGCAUUUAUUUGGCUGCAUGGAGAUCUUCGUACUCAUCCUCAUGGCCUUUGAUCGCUAUGUGGCCAUCUGCAAGCCCUUGCACUACCCAGCCAUCAUGAGAAGGCAGGUUUGCAUCUUCUUGGUUGGUCUUGCCUGGACAGGCUCUUUUAUACAUGCCACAGCACAGAAUAUCCUGGUUUUGAGAUUGCCCUUCUGUGGAUCCAAUCUGAUUGAUCAUUACUGCUGUGAUUUGCAGCCUUUGUUGAAGCUUGCCUGCAUGGACACUUAUGUGAUCAACUUGCUGUUAGUGUCUAACAGUGGAGCCAUUUGCUCCAGUAGUUUCCUGUUUUUGAUGAUCUCCUACACUGUCAUCUUGUACUCACUGCGGAACCACAGUGCAGAAGCCAGGAAGAAAGCACUUGCCACCUGCACUUCUCACAUCAUCAUAGUCAUCUUGUUCUUUGGUCCCUGCAUAUUCAUCUAUACACGACCCCCAACCACUUUCCCCAUCGACAAGAUGGUCACUGUGUUUUACACCAUUGGUACACCCUUUCUCAACCCACUCAUCUACACACUGAGGAACGCGGAAGUGAAAACUGCCAUGAAAAAGCUAUGGUAUAAGAAAAUUAUUUUAUAA